AUGGGAUGCUUGGACCUGAGGAAGCCGUCACAGUCAACCCUUCUCAACCACCGGGAAAACAGUCUAUCGACUGUACCAACACCGUCAAGUUCGGCUUCUCUCCCGGUGACGAGUCCAAGUGUCACUGGAGCUGGCGGAGCUAGCGCAGCUAAGCCAACUGCUUCGGGCUCCCCAUCUCCAAUGUUUGCUAUCGAGAAGCCUGUCAAGGCCACUCCUGACAUUGUGGAAGAACCAAGUAUUGAGAACUCGGCGACUUCUUCUGGGUCCGAGGAUACAACUGCGUCUCCUUCGCCAGUCGUUUCAGGGCCUAACACGUCGCCGUCACCAGCAGUUGUAUCUUUGACUCCAAUUCCUUUGCUCACUCCAGAGCCAGCGUCAUUUGAGGAAGGCGAGAUGCAAACAUCUCCUGAGGCAGGGCAAGAACGAUCCCCACUUAGUAGCAAAAUCCCGAAUGCAUCUCCGGUGAAUACGACGACUAACAAUGCAGCUGUUACAGCAGUGCCCCCAGCUGGAGCAACUGCGAUACCACCGCCAGGAUCUGAUGACCCACCAGCGGAUUCCACAACCAAUCCAGUGGCUUCUUCUACUCCCAAAGUCGUAGUCACCGCUAUUGCUCCAUCCCCAGCAUCAUCAACUUCCUCUGCGGUGAAUGCGUCGCCUUCAUCACUACCGCAAGCUGCUGACGUUACCGCAGUCCCGCCAGCAGCUCCAAGCCAAGCAGGUGUAACUGCAAUUCCGCCCUCACCCGCGAACAAACCGGAUGCGACAGCAAUUCCGCCUCUUUCUGAGUCUGUACCUUCCUCUGAAUCUGCUUCUUCCGGUACCGAUUUCACCUGCUUGUACUUUGGUGAUGGAACAGUUUCAGGGUUUGAGAGCCCAGAUACCACCCUCUUCAGUGGCGAAACCGGGAAAUUCUCAGUUCCCCGCCGGGUUUUCCCAGAUCUUGCACCGCAAUAUUUGUCACACACUUAUGGAAAGUCAUGGUCUUACAAAGUUUUGGUUGAUUCAGGGCUGACAUACGAUUUUGUUCUGGGUUUCGCUGAAGUUUAUAAUGUCGCAUGUGACUCCGGGAGCACUGCUGGAUUUAGGAAGUUUGAAGUGACAAUUGGAUCUGAGAGUACCAUCAUUGAUAUCAUGUCAGAAGCUGGCUGUGGAAAAGCUUUGAAAAAGAGUUUCGAUGGCGUUGUUGCGGAGAGCAACUUCAUAACAGCUGCCUUUAGGGGUUUCGGCCAACAAGCGGUCCUGAACACAAUGUGCUAUCGCCCAACAGGGGGAACCAAUUCCGGCCCCAUUCCUCAGCCUUCCUCUGUUCCAGAUUCCUCGACCUCGACUCCAAACUUGUCAGACAUAGUGGGUCCAGGUGAAGACUUUCGAUGUAUUAACUUUGGCCCAAAGGUUAUCGGCGGAUAUACUCCAUAUGAUAAGACUGCAGUACAAGGCAAUACCUUCCUUUAUCGUGGGUCUGGACCUAAAAACCCUGAACUUCCGCCAGCAUAUCAAUAUCACCUGUUCGGGGAUGACUGGAGCUACUCUCUUGACGUGUCAUCCGACAAUCCUCAGAACGUUGUGCUUGGAUUUGCGGAAGUGUAUCCAGAAGCAUGCGCUGCUGGUAGUCAGGGAGCAUUUAGGGUUUUCACAGUUUCGGUAGGGGGUGAUCUUCAGCUUGUGGAUGCGAUGAAGACUGCUGGAUGUGAAGCUGUUGAACAAAUUGAGUUUGACAGUGUGAUUCCACAAAACGGAGCCAUUGACCUGUCGCUUUCCUCGAUAUCGGGCGAUUCGAUGUUGUCGGUCAUAUGUUUUUCCGAUGUAGAUACAUCCGCUCCUUCUCAAUCUAUUCCUACAGCAGUACCUCCGCCUACGUCUUCAAGCCUCUCUCCAGCUCCAUCCGGGCCAAGCACACCAGAUGCAUCGACAUAUGAUGCCUGUUUCAAGUUUGGAGAUGAAGUCGUUGACGGGUUUGCAAACGUUGAGUUAGGAGAAGGAGUCGAAGUUUACACGAACCCCUUCGCCGUCGUGAAGGGUACCCCAUACGACCAAGUGUAUGGAACUCACGUGUUCGGAACUCGAUUCACAUUUUCGGUACAAGCAAGUAGUCCUUCAACGAAGAAGUCCUUCAUUCUCGGUUUCGCAGAAGUAUUCCAGCCAGCCUGUAAGGAUGGAUUUCGAGUCUUCGAUGUCACUGCAGGCUCGGAUACUGAAACUGUCGAUGUUUACAAGGAAGUCGGAUGUAACACAGCGUUUGAUUUGCGUAUUGACGGGGUCGAACCAUCAUCCUCGACUGGUCGUUUCGAAAUUUCGUUCACAUCAGAGAACAACUUGCCCAUGCUUUCAGCUGUCUGCAUCCUUGACGAAGGCGUCUCCGAGACCAAUGAGUUGCUGCCGUCAAAAGUUCCUGACAAAUCUUCUGCAACGACUGGUAACAGUGCAGGUGAUGGACGGGAUAUGAAAGCACAAGUGAACGUUGGAGCACCUGAUCCACCAUCUCGUGACCCCUCUGUUCCUUCUACGUCUGAUGAUGAAUCGCCAGAACAAUCUUCCCCAGCGAUGCCGAGCCUUGAGCCGACUUGGACACCAGAACCACUGGUUCCUUCUCCGGAAGUACAGACUGUAGAACCCUCGCGCAGUCCACAAUCAAUAGCAACUGAUGAGUCAUCCGGUCCUUCAGUACCGCCGCCAUCACUACCGACUCCUUCAUCAGAAGGUGCGACGUCUGUGCCAGAAGAAAGUGCUUCCCCUGAAAAUUCUCCGCUUCCAAAAGAAGACGGGGUGAUUAUUUCGCUCCCAGAUGCAAACCCAGAAUCAUCAGAAGAAGAUAUUCUUGUUGGUCCUGGUUUAACGUCUGAAUUUAACGGUUCUAUUCCAUCACCGGAGGCCUCUGUUGAGUUAGUUGAAACUGACUUUUCCCAAACCACCUUGGGCGUCGAAGGAGAGUCACAAUCUCCACAAGCCUCGCCUAUGGUCACUGUGAAACCAAGUGAAUCUGCUGCGAUUGGGAAGCCGGCAAAAGCAUCUCCUUCAUCAGUUGUUGAACCGACGCCCUCAAGUUCGUCUGAAGCAUCUCCCCCUCCUUCAGUUGUUGGGCCCACAACGACCCCUUCGAGUUCUGCACCAGUUUCUGCGCCCACAUCUACUCCAACAGGGGUGCCGCCGGAAAUAUCUCAGGAUGCGGAAAUAUCAGAGGCUCCAGAUGAGGAUGAAUCAUCUUUUGGCAAACCUUCGAAUGAUCCGAUGGAAAGCAACGAUGCGCCAACAACCACUGCUGCUGUGACUGCAAUCCCACCCAAUGGAGCUAUAAAUGGAGGAUCUCCAGGUGAUUCAGAUGGAAUGGAGCUAGAGGAUGGUGAAGAAACAUCUGAGAACCCAGAGAGCUCUCUCGUUCCUGAAGUCAAUAGUGGAACCAAUUUGAACGCGGGAGAAGAGCCAUCACCGUUGGUCACGGCCGUCCCUCCUGAUGGGGGGGCCACUCCUUCAACCGAGUCAAUGCCUACUGCUAUCACUCCAUCAGCAGAAGAAGAAUCUGGCAAUGCAGUGACUGGGACAUCAGCAGAAGAAUCUGGCAAUGCAGUGUCUGGAAAUUCCACAGAAUCGAACCAGGGAGUUAUAAUUGUGGACACGUCCCCCGUCCCGUCGGUUUCAGCGGUCCAGAUGGUUCCAUCAGCAGGCCCCGCAUCGGCAUCCCCCCCGUCAGCGGCUCCCCCGUCACUAGUUGAGGUACUCCCACCUGUCGAUAAUACACCUGGACCAAGUCAAGUACCUUCCGCAUCUCCGAGUCAGGAACCUACCGCAACGGUGACACCAACCGGGUCAGCAAGCCCAGCUCCUACAGGAGACGAGGAUGGCGUCGUGGGGGGAGGCUCAGAGUCAGAAGCGAAUGGAGAAGGAUCACCAUCUCCCUCAGCCUCACAGAUAGUCUCUACGACGGGAACAGACGAGGUGAUCACAGUGACUACAGAAGAGCCCUUACCCGCUCCCUCAGAGCCAGCUGGGGAAAUUUCGCCAGCAAAGCCGGUCUACAAUUCACCGGACAAUAGCGCAGGCAAUAUCGAGGUAACAGAUGGUUCAGAUGUUUCCGAUGAUAAUGUGAAUCCAGAUGCCAACGAGGUUAUUGUUGCUGGUGAGUUCAAGGAGCUGAUAAGUUCGCAACCGGAAGGAAACGGAUUCACGAUUGGAAUGGGUGUUCUUGGGGCGCUGCUUGUGCUCUUAUUGCUGAUCUGCCUGUUCUUCGCCAUAUUCAGAAGCGGAGGCGGUGCCUAUUCGUACAGCAGCCAGUACUCUGGUCAGAAACCGACGGAUUAUGGAGAUCCUAGUCAAGGUGGAUAUACUGAGGAGUUGGCUCCGGGGACCGGCGACUAUGGUGACACACACUCGUAUGGGCAAGGGGGCCAAGAGGGAUACGCUGAAGGCCAAAGUACUUUUGAAUCCAGACCACAAACUAACGGAGGGUCUUUCACGUAUGAAGGAGCUGGUGAUCCCUUGCUUGCUGGAUCCGGGUACGGAGGCGACGCUCCACCUGGCCCAGUGGAAGAUGCUGCUGAGUCAACAGAUGCGCAGACGGAGCCAGACACAUUUACUGACUACACAAGUCUUAACAUGCAACUUAACAUGCAACAACAGCCUACGGCAGAAGGUGGAGGACAAGAGUCUCGAAUGGUUCAGAACGAUGAUUACACAUUCACAGACACCUUCACAAUUCAGAACAACGGAAUUUAUUCUGCCGAGACCCGAGCGAGGGAGCUUGCUGAGAUCCGUCGAGCUGGCCUUGCAGCCGCGGAAACCUCAGCGCGUGCUGCUGAAAAUCCUUCAGAGUCGUUCGAUGCCCACGCCUCGAUGGUGGGCCCCACAACGCAUCCGGAGUCGACUAGGACUAUGACCUAUGAGCACGAUUCAGCCACUGAAGGAGCAGACGAUGGAGAGCGGUCGAUGGGAGGAUAUGGUGCUCCGGAAAGGGCCAUCGCUGAGCAAGACCCUGAUAUCGCGCACUCAGGUAAGGGCAGGCAUUCUGCAGAUGGAGGUAUUUCGAUUAACUCCAACCCAGAAGCAGUUCCGUCGCCCUAUGAAAGCAAUUUCGUCCUGCAAGACGAAGCAAAACAUUCAGGUACUUUUCAAGCUGGCGGCGAGCGAUGGGGAAAUAUCCUCGCUCCCGCAACAGGCGGAGGCGCUGGGCGAUCAAGAGUUUCGAAUGACGGUCCGUGGCCCGCAUGGUGGUCUCGCGGAAAACACCUUGCCCGAGAUACGCCUACCGAUGUUGUCUACGAACAGGAAGCCACUGCCUCUGCUGGCAGGGAGGAAGAGGAAACAGAGGUUUCUGACGUCGGGGAAUCCAAAGAGAAUGAGAAAUCCAGCACAGGAGUUGGCAGUUCAAUGGUUCAGCGACACGCGGAAAUGUUCUCUCGUAGGGAAGGCCAUCCUUCCGUAACCUUUGAGACACCGACACGGGCAGCUCCUCUGGCGACAUCGUCAAGACCAAACGUUAUGUCUGCGGCUUCACACAUUGCUCCAGACUCAGGCUGGCGUCGUGGCUCUCCACGAAAGCUUGAAAGUAUCGACGAGAACGUGACAGUGAAUCUGGAGUUCGAAGAAUUGAGACGAAGACGAGAACCGUACGUCAAAUCGGUUGCAAGCCGUCUCAGUGUCGGGCCGCAGUCAAUAUCCACUUCAUCAAUGUCGAGGGAAUCUGGUUUCGACGCUCGUCAGGAGUAUGAAGAUGAACAGCAAAACCUCAAGGGGUCUGGACUCGGAGCGGCUCCAUGGAUGGGUCAGCAGACACCUAUUGAGAUAUGAAGAGAUGCUGGUGUGUGGGAUUUCCUAAGUCAUAUGAUAGGUAGCGAUUUAGUAGAGUGUGUAGAUCGUAGACCUCGCAGAUAAGAACUUGAUUCCUUGUUUGUUAUUUAUUCAGUGUGAUGAACAAAUGGUAAGUGAGGCUGUAAAGUACAAGUUUAGAACGCAAUGCGAAAGAGUGUGAGACAUUCCUCCCCCUUUGCGAACAGAGUUUUUGUGACAAUGCAGCUCGACAUCUUUUUCUCUCGUACAACCUACUAUCCGUUGUCACGGAAAGAGGCUUUCUGAGAUUACGACUUGCAAGUGAGGGUAGAAUCAAUUCCACCACCACCACUGGCGAUAAGAACUUGCGGGACGAAAGGACCGGGUGCGACAUCGUGGCAUUGCCUUCCAGUUGACAAGGGAGAAGGGCUUGUGAAUAGGUUAUAGGUUAUCGCUUCUCCUCCCAGUGAACCUCUAUCACACUGCAGUGAUGCGUGGCGAUCCAUCGGCCAUAGCGUACCCGUACCUCAAAAGCAAGCAAACCGAGCCGGCGU